CAAUACCCCGACCCGGAAGAAGCCAUGUGACUGUGACCAGCUAGGUUAUUCACAACAAUCUCGUCUAUAGUCACAUGCUAACAACAGCCAGUCUCUCUACCUAUCAUCAUGUCGGCGACAGGGGUACUCGUCUUCCUCGUCUCUGCUGUAAUACAAGGUGCUGUCGCAACAACCUGCUAUGUCGCCACUUCAAGUAUUAAUUGUCUAUUUGGCUGCUGCUCUGACACUUUAUUCGUCUACUGUUGCCUUAGCAACGGAGCUGGUAUCGGCAUCAUCAUUGGCGUCAUAGUCAUGAUUUUAUCCACCUGCUUCAUCUGGCUCCGUAUACGACGUCGUCGUGCACUGUACAGGAACAUCGCUGUUGGGCAACAAGUCUACCACAACCCUGGGACGACAGUAACACAAGGAAAACACCUUCUCAGUCAAACGGCAUAUUCACAACCAAACACAGGUUAUGGACAACCAAACACAGGUUAUGGACAACCAAACACAGGUUAUGGACAACCACCCACAGGCUUUGGACAACCAAGUCCUGGUUAUGGAAAGUCAGAUACGGCUUAUGCAACAGCACCCCCUCCUUACGACGGUUAAUGACCACGUGGUUGAAUUGUCGAACCCAUUCUGUGAUAUGAUUUCUGUGUAAACACUUUCCUUUAUGUAUAUAAUUUUAAAAAUGGUAAUUAGUUGAAAAGUCAAGAGGUCGUAAUGACUGUUUACAUUGAUUAUAUGUUUUAUCACUUUAAUAUGCAAGAACAGCCAUGUGGCAAUAUGGGGAGUGGUCGACAGAUUUGGGUGUUUUCACUGGUUUGAACCAUUAAUAUUAUCUUUAUUCGAAUUCAUAUUAUAUGAAGGCUGGUUGGUGGCCAUGGCGCCUGAGACAUCGGAACUACAUAGUUAGGUCCCCUACUCGUAGCAGGAUUCGCUAAUUGUAGGUUUGAAUCGGACUGAUAUGAUCGUUUGUUAGCGGAAGGGUUUCACCACAUUGAUAGGCGUUUGAGACUUGCAUCAAUUCUCCCAGUCUACAAUCUGACACUGCGGGAUUUGUCAGAAAUGCUGUUCAAUGUUGUGUACAGUCAUAACACUCAAUACAAAGAUGGAUUAUGAAUUUUCAGAGACUUGACAUUUACACAUAUAAUUAUAUACAACAUGCAUCUACUGAGUAACAUUAGUAAUGUUUCUACUUAUAAAAUAACACAUGGAAAUAAACGGACAACCUGUUUUCUAACCAA